UGCCAUGCUCUGAUCGUAAGGAGAAGCCUAAUAUCGCCGCAAAGACCACAAGGAAGUAUGCCUAUUUGACGCGGUAAUUUUUCGUGCAGACUUUGCGACUGCCAUUUGGCAUCCGAGAGCAUCAAUUGUCAGAGACAGAUAUAUCUCUCGUAUGGAUCGUUUCGUUUCUGCCGUGAUAUCCUAAAAUAGAAAACCCUGCAUUUUGUUCCAGUUUACGAUGUUCAGCCAUAUCGUCUGGAGUGACGAAUCUUGUACUUUGAGAGAAUUUGUCGAUAAAUACCCGCUUCCGCAACUGAUGAAAGUCGAAAGUGGGGUCUACAAUGACGAAGAUGCUAGAACGCUAUCAGCAGAGCAGAUUCUGACGCUACAUGUCACCAAAAGGACCGACAAAGUGCUUGUGAGGGCUGCCGAAAACAAACGGUAUUUUCUACCGAUAACAUGUCCACAUAAAGUUGAAAUUGUUCCUAAAAUGUGUCAAGACACAUAUUACAGUGUGGAAGAUAUUACCAACUCUUCUACAGCCCCAGAUUUCAAAUUUAUUCGUGUGGUACAUAACGGUCCGCCUUCGCUUCGAAUACGAGCUGGGGACAUCUUGAAGCUCAAGAACACUGACGAAGAAAAUCGGGUGAAGUAUCUAGAAUGUGAGUUUUAUAAUAAGACUCAAGACUCUGUGAUGCUUCCCUUAGAAUUCAAAGCUGCCUUCGAGCCCCUGGCCAGCCCAGAAGAGCAUCUUAUGCAAGAAGUUCUGAAUUCCUAUACACUUCCCGUUCGCGUGAUGUUUACCGGUAAUACCGUAAUACAAGAUGCUGCGAACAGUAACAUUGAGUUGCAAUCGCUCGGUUCGGUUCUCUUAAAAGAAAUUCGACAGGAAACUACAAUUAUUGCAACAAGUCGUGACGACGAAACUGUCACCGUUUUAAUGAUUCCUUCUGAUUUGGAUGUGAAAGUAAACCCAGCUAUCGGUGCCGUUAUUGGUGAUUCGAAUUACGCAAGAUUCUGUAAAAAAGUCCAUGAUGGAACAGAACUUUCCAAAAUCGACCUCUUAGACAAAGGUUCUAAAUUGCUGGAAUUUUCUGAGGAGCCCACCGUUGACGUUGUCGAUGUCUAUGAUUACGUUGAGAUAGGACCUCCACUUCCUCCUCGGUCAGACUCCAAACAAAGUGAACAGCCAGAUUCCGACGAAGAUUAUGAAGAUGUAGACCUACCUCCCCCGAGACCACCAAAACCACCACCAAAACCACCACCUAAACCAAACCUGAAGCCAGCCUAUCGAAAAAAGGAAACCGAUGAUGUUUACCCUUCCAUGUACGGGAGACAUUACAGUUCUGAGGAACCAUCACCUCUUGAUAGUGGUGGUGAUGAUGACGAUGACGAGUAUGAAGAGUAUGACCAUGACGAUUGGAGCACAGAUGACGAAGAUAAAGUCUACCCAGAGACAGAUCUACCAGGGGCAGAAACGCCCGGUAACAGAAGAAAAGGAAAAUGUGAUUCGUCAGAAGAACCUGAAAAAUCUAACCUCAAGAAACGAGUUUCGGACCUUCUCAAGAAAGCUAUCGCUAAGUCACCUACAUCUCUACCUACCUUCCGACUGCCAUCGGCUACUUAUGCCAACGUCCCAAAACGAGAACUGUCUCCACCUUCACAACCACAAUCACCUGUGAAAAGUUAUUCCUAUUCACCUCCACCUGUGGCUCAGGGUUACCCUAUGGACCUAUCUAGUCUUUCUGUUUCAGAAGUAGGAGAAUGCCUCACAAAGCUAAACAUGGGAGAGCACGUGGAGGCUUUUGAAAGCCACACCGUUGAUGGGAAUCUUCUGAAGAAUCUAAGUGAACAAGAACUUAUAGACCUUGGAGUGACUAAAUUAUUUCAAAGCAAUAAACUUCUUCAUUUUAUACAGGGAUGGAGGCCUAAAAUGGAUUAACUAGUAAUCCCUUUUUGACUGAGUCACUCAACCAUAACGCAAACUGGAACUUGUCAUUAAGAACCCUUAAAAAAUAUAUUGAGAGAGCUUUCUAUAUUAAUGUAAUAAAUUUAAUAUAUAUUUCAUUUGGUGUUUUGGUGUGUAGAAUCGGCACUGACUGUUUUUGGGGGUUGUGCCACAUUUCGACGAGCCCGCAAGGCGUCGAGUCAAAAUACAAACAAGGAGUAAAAAUACUCAGUGAUACAAGUAUAUUGUCCAGGUACUUUAAAGUUGUCUGCUUUCUCUCUUAUUUUAAAACACUCUAGAAGUGUAGUCAACCUGUCAGACAGGUCUUUUCAUAACAGAACUAGAACACCAACUUUCUUAUUAACAUGAGGGAUAUUUGUACUUAAAUUGCACGUUAUUUGUACCUUUCUUAGUACAGUUGGGUUAUACAGGUUACAUACUAGUGCACUUAUACAUAUCUUAAAAACUUGUAGCUUUAAAAGCCAGAAUGAGUUGUAAAUAUCUAUACAUUUAAAAGGCUGAUUUUUUUGAGAGGGAACCUAGAGAAAUUUAGACGAGGGAACUAGAAGAAUAGAUAUCUAAUUUCUGGCUUAUUUUAAUUCCCAAGGCCUAAGGACUGCCAAGAGCAACUCAGAGGUGUAAAUGAACGUUUACUUGAUAAAUGUGGGUAUGCCAUUGAUUUUCUUGCAUUCGAGGGGAUUUUAGAUGAACCUCCCUCCUAAUUUGGAACAGCCUAUGUGUUGUAGUAAAGAUCUGCUCCUUAGAAGUCAGCCUAAGUUUAAUUUUAUUCAAUUUUGUUUUUACUGGAGAUUGAUUUAGUGAGCAUGGUAGGAGUCAAGCUGAGUCAGAACAGGGGACUGGCUAAAAAUCCAAAGAGGACAACUGGUGUUACUAUGCAGGUAAAAUUUCCAUUUGAAUCCAUAACAGAUCAGUAGGCACAAGUUAAUUGAAUUUUUGUUGAAAAAAAAAAAAUAGAAAAUAGAAAUCACGAGAUUGACUUAUCACUGUUUAUGUGAUAUACAACUUUGUCCGGUUACAUCAGGUUUUACUUCAACCAAGACUUGUUUUUGCAUAGUAUUGUUUAGCAGAGACAAAUAAUAAUCAGUGUUGAGGAAACUGGAUGAGAAAAA